CUGUUCUAUCCGACAAAUUUCCAGCUUUUCCUCUCAUUCCAGGAUGACAAGCCGAAGAAAAAACGACACAGCGAAGCCGACGUUUCACCUCGACAACAAGACGCCAGCAAGUCCGAAAAAGCCUCUGGGAAGCUUCAACCGCAGACACAGAAAUUUGGGAAAAAGACCAGCCUCCCAGCCGCCUCACACGAUGACAAGGACAGCCUUCUGAACCUGAAGCUUAUGUUGAAGAAAACACCCAAAGCUCAAAAACAGGACGAAGGCGCUUUGGCUGGUGUGAAGCUGAAACCAGUAAUUCGUAGCGAUGACCUAAGCGAAGCGUCUGGAAGCGAUCUGGACUCAUCUCGAAGGGACUCCAUUUCUCUGAAUCCGUCCCUCCGCAGAGUUGGCGAGUCCAGAGCUGAAGCAGCACGCAGAAGCAGUGUGGACAUGCGUCGCGAGUCAGUACAAGAAAUCAUGAGUCGGGUAGUUACGCCGCUCAUUCCAUCCGGAGAAAAGGGCAAACCGCCACGAAUCAUGGAAGUUCCGGAAAAUGUCACUGUUGUCGAAAGUAAGCCUUUCAUCAUAUUUUCUGAAGAUGAACUGUUUCUUCCAAUUUGA